UGCUCAUUAAGUCGAAAACAAAGCAUUAAACGAAAAUGUGUAAACAUAUCGGUCUCGUACUGACCAUCUUGUGCCUUUUAGUCAAGGACAUGGACAUGCUACCAACACCAGCUAAAAAUUCUAUGGGUAAUGCCGCUAAGCGAAAGGGCGAUGAUGCUGCUGACGCUUCUCGAAAGGGCGAUGAUGCUGCUGACGCUUCUCGAAAGGGCGACUCUGCUGCUGAUGCUUCUCGAAAGGGCGACUCUGCUGCUGAUGCUUCUCGAAAGGGCGACUCUGCUGCUGAUGCUUCUCAAAAGGCCGAUUCUGCUGGUGAUGCUUCUCGAAAGGCCGAUUCUGCUGCUGAUGCUUCUCGAAAGGCCGAUUCUGCUGCUGAUGCUUCUCGAAUAGCCGAUUCUGCUGCUGAUGCUUCUCGAAAGGGGGCCUCUGCUGCUGAUGCUUCUCGAAAGGGCGAUUCUGCUGCUGAUGCUUCUCGAAAGGGGGCAUCUGCUGCUGAUGCUUCUCGAAAGGGAGCCUCUGCUGCUGAUGCUACUAGAAAGGGGGCCUCUGCUGCUGAUGCUACUAGAAAGGGGGCCUCUGCUGCUGAUGCUUCUCGAAAGGGGGCCUCUGCUGCUGAUGCUACUAGAAAGGGGGCCUCUGCUGCUGAUGCUACUAGAAAGGGUGCCUCUGCUGCUGAUGCUACUAGAAAGGGUGCCUCUGCUGCUGAUGCUACUAGAAAGGGUGCCUCUGCUGCAGAUGCUACUAGAAAGGGUGCCUCUGCUGCUGAUGCUACUAGAAAGGGUGCCUCUGCUGCUGAUGCUACUAGAAAGGGUGCCUCUGCUGCAGAUGCUACUAGAAAGGGUGCCUCUGCUGCUGAUGCUACUAGAAAGGGUGCCUCUGCUGCUGAUGCUUCUCGAAAGGGUGCCUCUGCUGCUGAUGCUUCUCGAAAGGGUGCCUCUGCUGCUGAUGCUUCUCGAAAGGGUGCCUCUGCUGCUGAUGCUUCUCGAAAGGGUAGUUCGGCUGCUGAUGCUACUAGAAAGGGUGCCUCUGCUGCUGAUGCUACUAGAAAGGGUAAUUCGGCUGCUGAUGCUACUCGAAUUUGUGAUGCUGAUGCUGACGCUGACUGUGAUGCUGACGCUGACUUCGAUGCUGAUGCUGAUGCUGACUGUGAUGCUGAUGCUGAUGCUGACUGCGAUGCUGAUGCUGAUGCUGACGCUGACUCCGAUGCUGAUGCUGAUGCUGAUGCUGACUGCGAUGCUGAUGCUGAUGCUGACUGCGAUGCUGAUGCUGACGCUGACUUCGAUGCUGAUGCUGAUGCUGACUGCGAUGCUGAUGCUGACGCUGACUACGAUGCUGAUGCUGACGCUGACUUCGAUGCUGAUGCUGACGCUGACUGCGAUGCUGACGCUGACGCUGACUAUGAUGCUGACGCUGACUUCGAUGCUGAUGCUCACGCUGACUGUGAUGCUGCAAGGGCCAAUUCUCCCUGUCGCUCUUCUCGAAACUGCGAUGCUGCAAGGGCAAAUUCUCCCUGUCGCUCUUCUCGAAACUGCGAUGCUGCAGCUGAUGCUAUGAGGGCUCAAUCUUCUCGAAAUUGCGAUGCUGCUGCUGAUGCUAUGAGGGCUCAAUCUACUCGAAAUUGCGAUUAUGCUUCUGACGCAUUGUAUGAUCCACUAUGAUUCCAUGAUUGAACAACCAGCUGACGAUAUGAUGGGUUCUAUGAAAGCCCUUGCAGUGCAGAUGGUGUUUCUGGAAGCAAAUAAUAGAAAAAUGUAAAAUCGUUGCAGAAACCCUAAUAAAAUAUUGGAAAACUGAAAUGAUAGAAUUGUACAUUUUACAUCAAAUAUAUUCAAUUAAUCAGCAGGCAAAU